AUGUCCUGCUUCGCCGUGCCCGUGCGCACCUCGUCGUCGUCGUCGAGGAUAAGCGGCAGCAGGCAGCCGUGGCGGUGGUGGCGCAAGUGCGCGGGCCUCGCCGCCGCGGCGCACACCAAGCUCCGCCGCACCGCCUUGCGUGUCCGGUGGUCGGCCACGGGGCGGCUGGGCGGCCACCGUCGGCGCGCGCCGGCGCCGCCCCUGCUGUCCGUGCAGCGCGGGGACCACAUGAGCUUCGCGCCGGUCUACGUCGACGAGCUCUACAGCCAGCCCAAGGGCCUCAGCGUCGUCCACGAGGAGCAGCAGCCGCAGCCCAGCACCAGCAAACUCGCGCGUCCAGCCGGCAGUGUGAACAAGGCACGCGUGCAUGGCGUAGCCGCUGCUACCGGUGGCAACAAAGCAUGUGCGGCGGCGGCGGCCGCCAAGAGCCUCGGCGUAAGGGGCUUCUUGCUGAGCCCGGGCAGAGGGUGCGUUGGGAUGGGGGAGGUGGACGUGAGGGCGGAGAUGUUCAUCAGGAAGUUCAGGGAGGAGAUGAGGCUGCAGAGCCAGAGGUCGGCCGAGGAACUCCAGGCCAUGCUUGCAAGAGGCCUAUGA